AGUAAUUUGUAACCAAAAAAAAAUUCCCCCUGUUCCUCUCGUUCUCCUUAGUUAGCUUCUGCGCUUCCAGCAAUUCACAAAAAUACGCUUAAAAGUUCGGAUUUUGAAGAAGGGAAGCGGCGCUCCGCCGAUUCUACCCUUCCUCCGGCACCGGAUUGACCGCUCUUUCUUUCUCUGUAGUUUCUAUCUGCCCCACCAGUUUCACUGCACAUAAAUCGACUAGGGAGUAUCAAUGGCGGAAGCAGAGACAGGAUCAGCUACAGGCAGCAGUGGCGGAAGAGCGGAGGCGUCGCUGAAAGACAAGGGCAAUGAGUUUUUCAAAGCAGGAAACUAUCUCAAAGCGGCUGCACUUUACACUCAGGCUAUCAAGCUAGACCCUUCGAAUCAUGCUCUUUAUAGCAAUCGUGCUGCUGCCUUUCUGCAUCUAGUUAAGCUUAACAAAGCACUUGCCGACGCUGAGAUGACAAUUACAUUGAACCCACAAUGGGAAAAGGGAUAUUUCAGAAAGGGAUGCGUUUUGGAAGCCAUGGAAAAAUAUGAUGAUGCAUUGUCUGCAUUUCAAGCCGCCUUACGGUACAAUCCACAAAGUGCAGAAGUCUCAAGAAAGAUCAAAAGGGUUUCACAGUUAGUGAAAGAUAAAAUGAGAGCCCAAGAAGUGGAGAACAAGAGAUCAAAUAUAGAUAUGAAGAAGCACUUGGAUAAGCUGAAAUAUGAACUGUCUGACAAAUAUGGCUCGGAAGAAGGCUGCAAAGACAUAUUUUCUUUUCUUGUUGAGACAAUGGAGGCUGCUGUGAGAUCAUGGCAUGAAACUUCCAAUGUGGAUGCUAAAGUGUACUAUUUACUCGAUAAGGAAAAGACGGAUACCGAAAAAUAUGCUCCAAUUGUUAACAUUGAUAAGGCAUUUGAAUCGCCUCACAUGCAUGGUGAUUGUUUUCAAUUCUUAAGGAAAUAUGCCGAGGAUUCCGUCGCCCGAGCAGCAUGCUUAGUUGCUCCCAAAAGCUUGAUAUCUUACCCACAGGUCUGGAAAGGACAAGGUUCAAGAAAAUGGAAGCAUGGACAGCAUGAUGGUUUCUUUGUUCAGCUUGAAACUCCUUCCCUAAGAAAGCUAUGGUUUGUUCCUAGUUCCAAUGAACUGGGACGACCAUUGUGCCGGGAUCCUGAGGUUCUGGAUAUCGGUGCGCAUGAACUAAUACCGCGCAUAUUCAAAGAAAAGCUGCCGAGCACUUAGAUUCAAUGGAGCCAGACAUGGGUUCGAACUCUCAAUGUUAUCACCGUCUUUUCUGAAGAGCGCAUUGCCAACAAAGCUUCUUAGAAGGCUCUUUCGCGAAUGUUUGUAAGCGUUUCACAUUCAUACCAUGCCGACACAGAUAGAACUGUAGGAAGUUUGAAAACUGAGAGCUGCUUUUGUUUUUUCAAACAAUAGACAUUCUAUGUUGUACGAUUGUUGAUUGCUGUUUUGUUAUGUAGCGUUGCUAAACAUGGAACAGAGUUCUUAUCAAUAUUUUUCAUUUCUUGUC